AUGACAAGUGACGAUGAGUUUUUCUUUGACUAUAAGCUGUCCUGGAUCCCUAACGACGUAAAACGGUACUCCACCCAGGUCGCAAGCUCUAUCGAUUACCAUGUAGAUCGUGCAGCAGCAAAUGUGCGCGAUGUGUUUUCCCGACAAACCUGGCUUCCAACUACUCUUCGACCUCAUCCAAGAACCAGUCAUUCUUUUCCGCAACCUUUACCUCCAAGAUCCAUUUUAGAUAAGGCCCAUGCCUGGGUUCUAGAGAAUCCCGCAUGGGCAGCCGCAGGCCUAGCAUUUAUCGGCACCGGUGGCCUUUUGAUAUACGGCAAUAAGAAAUUAAAUGUGAAAAAGCGGAAAGCAAGGCGCGCAAGCAACGGUGCCCGAAAAGAGAUAGUCGUCGUUGCGGGCUCAGCGCAUGAGGCAAUUACGAGGUCUAUUGCCUGCGAUCUUGAACGGAGAGGCUUUAUUGUUUUUGUUACAGUCACAUCCUCCGACGAGGAACACGUAGUCGAAAAUGAGGCCCGCCAGGAUAUUCGGCCCCUAUGGCUGGAUUUAGCUAACACACCGUCAGAGCCAUCCGAAAUACACCCUUCGCUAUACGUUAUCCAAUCGUUAAUCACAAAUCCCCAAGCCCCAAUGCCAGGAGUUCCACCCCAUACUUGUCAUCUAACUGGACUUGUCCUGGUGCCUUCUAUAAAAUAUCCCGUUGGCCCUGUUGCUACUAUCCCAGCAUCCAACUGGGCGGACACCAUUCAUACCCGUCUUUUGUACCCAAUACUUACAACCCAAUUGUUUCUACCCCUUUUUACCCUAAAAAGCAACAACAGCUCUAUUGUUGUAAUAACACCAUCUAUUCAAUCGUCCCUCUCUUCCCCUUUCGCUAGCCCUGAAGUUGCCGUAACAAAGGCUCUCUCUGGUUUUGCAACAAGUUUACGACAAGAAUUACGUCUUUUAGAAAAUGGCACCGGCUCCAUUGAUGUUAUCGAGCUGAAGCUAGGUAACUUCGAUUUUGGACGGUUUCGCGACUCUAAUUGCCAGAACAAAGGCACUGAAGUCCUUACUUGGCAACCUCAGCACCGUGCACUAUACGGCUCACCGUAUCUAGCAAGCCUGGAUCACCGCACUAGGCGACUAGGAAAUUUCUACGGAACACCUGCAAGGGAGUUGCAUCUUGCGGUUUUUGAUGCCCUUCUUCCGCGCCAAAAGACAUUUUUUGGAAUACGGAAAAAGAAGCGCCAAGUUGUAUAUAUUGGCCGCGGCUCUAGAACCUAUGCUAUCGUUGGGAACAUUAUCCCUGGCGUUUUGAUUGGCUGGAUGCUUGGGUUACGAACCGGGUCUACGAUUUCUCCCGGCGAUUCGAUUUCUGAUGAGGACAAUGGGUAUGGAAGCGAAAUAGCCUAG